UCACUAGGGCCGGCUCUGGCGGAGGGCGCGGAGGCGCUCUCGGGGCCGCCGGGCUCCCGCCGGAAUUAAAAUGCAGCUGACUGUUUACUUCUUCUGGGGCUGCGGCGUCUUCUUAGCUUCGGGAUACAACUCCUUCAGUAAGAGCGUGGAGACGAUAGGCAAGAAGCAGUACCAGGUUCAGCACGGGUCGUGCAGCUACACCUUCCUGCUGCCCGAGGCGGACAACUGCCGCUCCGCCGCUUCCUACGUGUCCAACGCGGUGCAGAGGGAUGCGCCUCUAGAUUACGACGAUUCAGUCCAGAGACUGCAACUACUCGAAAACAUCAUGGAAAACAACACUCAGUGGCUGAUGAAGCUUGAGAAUUACAUCCAAGACAGUAUGAAGAAAGAAAUGGUAGAGAUCCAGCAAACUGCAGUGCAGAACCAGACUGCAGUAAUGAUUGAAAUAGGCACAAACUUACUAAAUCAAACAGCUGAACAGACCCGCAAAUUAACAGAUGUUGAAGCACAAGUAUUAAACCAGACAACCAGACUUGAACUUCAGCUUUUGGAACACUCUCUUUCAACGAACAAACUAGAAAGACAGAUUUCAGAUCAGACCAAUGAGAUAACUAAAUUACAAGAAAAAAACAGCUUUCUAGAAAAAAGAGUUCUUGAGAUGGAAGACAAGCACACACUUCAGCUGAAGUCAAUAAAAGAUGAAAAAGAUCAGCUUCAAGUCCUAGUAGCCAGACAGAAUUCUAUUAUAGAAGAACUAGAAAAACAGUUAGUUACAGCUACAGUAAACAACUCAGUUCUGCAAAAACAGCAACAUGACCUGAUGGAGACUGUUCAUAACUUGCUUACUAUGAUAUCUACACCAAACUCGAAGAACAACUUCAUAGCUAAAGAGGAGCAAAUCAGCUUCAAAGACUGUGCUGAAGCUUUCAAAUCUGGACUGACAACAAGUGGAAUCUACACUUUAACAGUUCCAAACACUGUACAAGAAAAGAAGGCCUACUGUGACAUGGAAACUGGUGGAGGAGGUUGGACAGUUAUUCAGAGACGUGAAGAUGGCAGUGUGGACUUCCACCGGACAUGGAGAGAGUACAAGAUGGGAUUUGGUGAUCCUGCUGGGGAGUACUGGCUGGGAAAUGAGUUUGUUUCUCAACUGACUAAUCAGAAGCGUUAUGUUCUUAAAAUACACCUGAAAGACUGGGAAGGAAAUGAGGCGUAUUCAUUGUAUGACCACUUCUCUCUAGCAAGUGAAGAACUAAAAUACAGGAUCUACCUUAAAGGACUUACUGGGACAGCGGGCAAAAUAAGUAGUAUAAGCCAACCAGGAAAUGAUUUUAGCACAAAGGAUGCAGACAAUGACAAAUGUAUUUGCAAAUGUUCACAAAUGCUAACAGGAGGAUGGUGGUUUGAUGCAUGUGGUCCUUCUAACCUCAACGGAAUGUAUUAUCCAUUACGACAGAACAACAACAAGUUCAAUGGUAUCAAGUGGUACUACUGGAAAGGCUCGGGAUACUCUCUCAAAGCCACAACUAUGAUGAUUCGACCAGCAGAUUUCUAAGUGCUUUUGCAUUAUGUGAAUUAUGUAUUGUAUAGUCUUCAAAGACUUCAUUUGCUGAGCAUAUAAACACACAUCUGCAACUUGUCUCAUUUUCAAGCCCAGAAAACAUGCGCUAGUGUUCUGAGGGGAUCAGUUCCGUACAGUUCCUGAAUUGCAAUAGCCUUGAUCACCUAAAGCUCAUAUUAUUCAACCAGACACAAAGUCUAAAGUAUCAACCUGAUAUAACAGUGGUUUGGCCAAACGACUGAAUAAAAAGAACAUCGAAGAAAUUGACAGACAACUUAAGGACUCUGUUUUACUGAUCAUUUAUGUUAUGUACGUGUUAGUAAAUAACUGGAACUGUGAAAAAUACCUAAAAUAGUUUUAGAAAUAUGCAUUUUGCCUCAUCACUGAACUUUAAACAUUACUCUAAUAUAAAACACUUAACUAGAUCUAGAACUAUUUAUCUGUGUCAUGUUUGCCUUUUAUGUACAUAAAAAAAUACUGUUCUGUAAUUAGCUCAAUACUGUAGUUAAAGAAUACAUUCUUUCCCCCCCAUAGUCUCCUAAACAACUUCUUACACUUAUUCAGGGAUUUUUUCCAAUAGUCUGUAUUACUUUAUUUAACAGAGGACAAAUAGCAUUUAAUUACUUUGCAUUUAUUCUUGGGAAAUACCGUGUACAAAAAUCACCAUUUCUAUCAGUUUGUACUUAUUACAGUCACUAUCUUUAAGUUACAAAAAUCCCUGCAAAUUACAAUAUAGUAUGUAUUUCUUUAUAUUUUUAUGAAGAAUGCACUUUUUUUCCUUUCCUUGUCAUUUACCUGUAAAAUAACUGAUAAGUAUUUUAUAAACCGAGACAACGGCAUUAACACCAGAUGUCCGGUUGUCUAUGACAAUCAGUUAUCACCUGGUGCUGUAGUACAUCUAUACAUUUUGUAAAAAUAACCUAAAGGAAAAACAUAUGCAUAUUCUUUGAUACAAUUAAAUUUAUGCUCACGACUUAAGAUACAAAUUACUACAUUUUAAAAACAGCGGAAAAAAACCCCUGAAAGUUAUCUAAAGUCAUACUGUUUUGGUUUUUUUUUUUCAGUCAGGUUAGGACUUCUCCCUAGGAAUUCUCUGUAGGUAGGCCCUCAAUGUAUGCCACAAUGUGAAUAAAUUACUCUACUGGGUGA